UUGCUUAUUUUACUUUGCAUUCAGUGGCCCGACUUACUCCUUACCCAUGAUUUAUCCGCGGUUAAGUCUCUCGUAAGCCGGCAUGCUGCGCAUCACGACCCAGAUACUUGGUUUCACCGACUUGAAAGGCCGCCCACCCCUGCCAGUGAUGUCGCAGCACUUCGCUUCUGCACCGUUUUAAUAUCUUGGUCUCACACUUUCCAAAAUGUCAGAACUCGUCUGCCUACGCAAGCGGUUUGUUUGCCUUCCUCCAGCUCCUUGAGUAAAUUGGACUCGAAUUCUAUGGAAAAUUUGGAUAGACUUUUUAGACCUGUUUUUGUCAAUCCAACUUUCAGCGUUUUUCGGGUUCUUUAUUUGGAGUCAGUGGAUUCCGAUCAGAAAAAGCCAUAA